UCAAAAUGCGAGUAAAAAAAUAAUUAAAUUAAAUAAUUUCGCCGUAAUGAUUCAUCGAAAGAACUAUGGAAGUUGAAGGGUCGUUGUUUAAAUCUAUGUCUUCGAACAAAGCUGUCCCACAGAGUAGCACCGCCAAAAAGAUCAGGAACUUGAGCACAGGCGACGUGGGACACAAGAUGGAGAACAAAAGGCGAGGGGUCUAUGUUUGGAAGUGGGUCAACCCUAAACAGGCAGCGCAAGAUAACAAAAAAAGCAAACCGAAAGCGCAGCCGCCACCUCGGCCACAAAUAAACAAGCUGCUAACAUCCGCCCCGAAGGAAUCCAACAUCUCGACCUUCACACGCCUCCUCGGCACCCCCGAUCCCGCCGUCAGAUUCAUCAAGCGGAAAAAGAGGACCCUUCCUGAAAAGCUUCCUAAACAGAGCUCCAAAAUUUCCAAAACAUCUAAAGAGUCAAAUCGUGACAAACCACGGAAUAUUGUAGAAGAAAAUAAAAAUUUGAGCAAGUUCAGACAGAAUCAUCCGAAAGAUGAAGAAAAAACACAACGAAAGGUCUUACAAACGCCGUCCACGUCUUCUAAAAUAAACAGAGAUAUGUCGUUCGAUACUAACUGGUCUACCAUCUUCCCGGCCAAAGAAAACAGAGAUACUAACUUAUUACAACAGUAUAUCAGCAACUAUGAUACUGGUAAGGAUAAAAAAGCAAAAUCGACGGGCGUUGAGACGAAGAAGAAAGAUGAAGAGAUCUAUACCUUCUUCAAAGACCUCAUAGAAUCUGUUUAUGACGAAGAAGUAGCGACAAACCCUGAUGUAAGCGCAGCGUCUUCUGACGUCAAAUUUGAGUUAGACGAUCCCGUUGCCCAGAAAUUACAAGAGUAUAAUUCAAGGCAAUACACGAUCGAUGAUAAGAAUUAUGUAUACGACCAAAGUCGAGAGCUGGCAGAUUAUUACAACAACAAGUUGCGUUUGACACCGCACAAGAAUACUAAGCGAAAAAAGAAAAACAUAAGAUACACGUUUACUGAUAAAUCUGAGAAUCCAAAAGCAGAUAAUAGGUUGAAAAAGCCUAAUCUUCUAGCCGUUUUGAAACAAGAACUGUCAAUGGAUUUAAGCAGGCAAGAAGAGCCGGAAAGCAUGUACGAAGCGCUGCUCAACAUAGCGAAGAACAAACGAAAGAAGAAACAGAUAUAUUUUGAAACAACCAAAGAAUCUAGCGACUUAGAAAGGGUGUGUAGAUUCAAAGGAAGAAGUGUGAUUUCGCCAAGCACUAGAAUGCCAAAACGGGUGAAGCCGGCAAGUAGGUGUGAUUCUAAAACGACCAGGGGAGUCCGGACCGGGUCACUUUCUUCUAUAGAGGAGUCUAGUCAUUCCUUGGAAGUGCUAGGGUUUGACUAUGAUUUUUUGGAGCCGAAGAUGGAGCCAUCUGAAUUAGAGACGGCGAUUAGCAGAAUCAGGUCCAUCACGAACUUGAAUGAAGGCAUCUCGACAGUCUCGCACUAUUGGAAAUAGUAAAAUAUUCAUGUGUCAUUCCAAGCUAAAAGCUAUGAGGAAUCUGAAUCGUUUUUUUUUUCACCACACGGCGAUCCUGAGGCACCCAGCGGGCGUAGAACACUAGUUGGAUAAACUUUAUCGCAACUGUGCGUCCCUAUCGCACUUACAAAUGAAAAUCACAAAUCAAAUCAUUUAUCACGCGACCGUACUUGCCUGCUGCUCUUUCUGGCAGCAAACUUCAAAAUCCACUAAUCAAAUAAAAGUAGAUUUAAUAUGAUUGGUGGAUUUUGAAGUUUGCCGUCAGAAAAACCUGGCGCUUCAGUGUCCUUACCUGGCAAAAAAACGAUUCAGAACAGAACACCCUCAUUAGUCGCUUGCCAUAUAUAAGAACGCUUGGACAGUUUAUUUGUUUAAAGAUACUAGGAAAUCUUGUCCUAUGUAAGCGACUAACGGACCAAGACUUUGACACAUAUAGGUUCUUACAACCUUUAAGUAGCCAUGUGCUGCCAAUAUUGUAAGACAGACUAGCUAACUCUACAGAUAUGUAUGAUAUAGUUGUUUUAACUGUUUUGUAGUCUCAUAGUACUAGUUAUUUAUUAUUUACGUACCUAUCCUUGUGAGUCGUAUUCAUACAAAGCUACGUUGACAGUGAUUUUUGACACGUAUUGACUUCUAUGGCAUAUACCAGGGGCCCAUUUCUCAAAACUGAAGGAAACGGAAGUUUCUUUCCAACUUGUCAUAUUAGACAUUGACUACCACUUGUAAAUUGUAACUUGUAGCAUCGAGAAUGGGCUCCGGGUGUCUCUAAAACUAACGCCAAAACAAAAAGGAGUGUUCGGGCAUCACAUUAUCUUUUUGAGAUAUUGGCCGUUUAAUUUAUAAACCGUAAAGAAAAAAGUAAAAAUAGUGCCAAUAUCUUGAAAACCAUGACAUUUUCAUUAAGGUCAAAUUCGCAUAAUGUGAUAGAUAAUGAGGUGUCUUAAUACCCCUUUACAUUUUGGCGUUGGUUUAGGGACCUGUAGAAGUAGGACACAAUGUCACUGAGACAGGGUUCUAGAGUGCCUGAUUCAAUUUGGUAAACGUAUUAUAAUUAGGGAUGUACCGACUAUUGAUUUGGUCGACUAGGCCGACUACCGACUAGUCGGCGCUUGGGUGGCCGAUUAGUCGGCGUUUGGGUGGCCGAUUAGUCGGCUAGUCGAUCAAAACAUAAUUUUCGACUAAAUUCACAUUUGGAAUGUCAGUUUUGGUCCUUCAUUCGCGCUUUUCGUGUAUUUUUACAGGUUCAAAGGUUCACUCCCAUAUUAAUAUACAUUUGCCAUUUUUAACAAACGGCUUGGCUUAGUGGGUAGUGAUCCUGCUUAUGAAAUCUAUAAUCCUAGGUAGGAAAUUUAUUUCUGUGAUGAUUACAGAUAUUUGUUGUUUUGACAAAGAAAGGAAUUACGAAUAGGUACAUAAUACA